GACCAGUGAGACUGCAGCUUCCAGAACUUAUUCACAGCAGAAAUAGUUAUGUCUAGUAUCUUACUCAACUGUUGUUGCUACACCUACCACAGUGCCCGUCUCAGUCCUUUUGGGCUGCCAUGAGAAAUUACCAAAGACUGAGUGACCUGUAAACAAUAAAUUUAUUUCUCAGAGUUCUAGAUCCUGGAAGUCUGAGAUCUGGGUGCCAGCAUGGUUAGGUUCUGGUGAGGGCCCUCUUCUGGUUGCAGACUGCUAACUUCUGGCAGUGUCCUCACAUGGCAGAAGGGGCCAGUGAGCUCCCUGGGGUCUCUUUUGUGAGGGCACUAAUCCCAUUCAUAAGGGCUUUGCCCUUAUGACCUAAUCAUCUCCUAAUAUCACCCUGGGAGUUAGGACUUCAACAUAUGAAUUUUAGGGAGACAUAAACAUUCAGUCCAUUGCAGUUUCUAACUUCAAGUAGGGUUCAAUGUGUUUAAAUUGAGUUGAUUUAAACUUGAUCCUACCUGAGGAGGUGACAUUUAAGCAAAGAUACCUAUGAAACAGUCAGUUAUAUGAACACAUUGCAGAAGAAAGUGACAAGCAGAAGGAACAGCGAGUACAAAGAACCUGAAGUCAGAAAUUGCUUUAUUGUAUUUGAGGAACAGCCAGGAGAUCAAAUGAUUGGAGCUAAGUGGACAAGAAGAAGACUGGUAGGAGAUAGAUGGACUACAAGGCAAUUGCCCAACAAACUGCCCAAGAAGUUUUAGGUUAUAAUCGAGAUACAUCAGGCUGGAAAGUGGUUAAAACUUCACUAAUUAUUUGUGGAUUUUUGUUCCCCUUUGAGAAAAAGAUAACUGUUUCCAGUAAGGCUUCUAGAAAAUUCCAUGGAAAUCUAUAUCGUGUUGAAGAGAUAAUUCCAGAAUCAGCAGCUAAACUAUCUGAUUUCCUUUACCAAACUGGAGACAGAGUUACAUGGGAUAAAUCAUUGCAAGCGUAUGAUAUGGUACACAGGAUUGAUUCGGACACAUUCAUAUGUCAUACCAUUACACAAAGUUUUGCCAUGGGCUCCAUUUCCCCUCGAGACUUUAUCGACUUAGUGUACAUCAAGCGCUACGAAGGAAAUAUGAACAUUAUCAGUUCUAAAAGUGUGGAUUUUCCAGAAUAUCCUCCAUCUUCAAAUUAUAUCCGUGGUUAUAACCAUCCUUGUGGCUUUGUAUGUUCACCAAUGAAAGAAAACCCAGCAUAUUCCAAACUAGUGAUGUUUGUUCAGACAGAAAUGAGAGGAAAAUUGUCCCCAUCAAUAAUUGAAAAAACCAUGCCUUCCAACUUAGUAAACUUCAUCCUCAAUGCAAAAGAUGGAAUAAAGGCACACAAAACUCCAUCAAGACGUGGAUUUCAUCAUCAUAGUCAUUCAUGAUACCAAAAGAAGAAAUGAGGCCAUUCUGCUAUAAAAUCAUGUGUAGUAGUUAUUGCCAUUUACUUCUAAGUCCACACACAUAAAUAAUACUGUUAAACUAUUCUAGACAGUAUUCUUGUACACAUGGCUGAAGAUAGCUCAUAAAAAUAAGAACUCAUAGUUGUACAAGAAUAUGGCAUUAAAUACAGUUUUUAAUCUCAUGUAAGAAUGAUGUUAAAUAAAAGUAUUAUUAGUAUA